GACUGUUGGACGUUUCAUCAACAACGGUGUUUUCUCAGCGAGUCAACUGUAGACUGCAGCCAUUUCUGUCAUCGGGUCCGCGUCCUUUAUUCUCCGUUGUUUGGGAGAAGUAUCUCCGGACUGUAACACACAUCCAGGACUAAUAAAGACUCAGAUUCCUCUCUGGUUUUGUCGGCUGGCUCGCCUGCCAGCUGGAUUUUGUCGGGAUGGAUCCAGCGAGUCGAUACCAAGUGUUGCACAAUGAGGAUGACGCCUCCGAGGCCUCAACCAGCGAGCAGCAGCCCUCCACUUCUGCCACAGCCCAGGCCAGCACGUCCAGCCAGGAGCCCAGCCAGGCCGGGGCCCAGGCCGGCCCGCCGCCUGCUGCAGCUGCAGCAGAAGCAUCGGGAUCCAGGAGUCAGGGGGAGGCGGAGGCACCUCCUCCCCCGUACGCCUCCAUUGACCUGGGAGCAACUGCUGCCUCACCCGAGACUAGUUUCCGAAGUGACUUCCCAGUGCCUCCACCCUACAGCGUCGCCACCUCGCUGCCCACGUAUGAUGAGGCGGAGAAGGCCAAAGCAGCUGCCAUGGCAACCUCCACUGUGGAGGUGAUGCCACGGGAUGAUGAAUUCCCGCCCAGAGACGAUUUCAGCGAUGCUGAUCAGCUCCGAGUUGGGAACGAUGGAAUCUUCAUGUUGGCCUUUUUCAUGGCCUUCCUGUUCAACUGGAUCGGGUUCUGCCUGUCCUUCUGUCUGACCAACACCAUCGCAGGACGCUACGGAGCCAUCUGCGGCUUCGGCCUCUCCCUCAUCAAGUGGAUCCUUAUCGUCAGGUUCUCUGACUACUUCACUGGCUACUUCAACGGGCAGUACUGGCUCUGGUGGAUCUUCCUGCUGCUCGGUCUCCUGCUGUUCUUCAGGGGUUUCGUUAACUAUCUUAAAGUCCGCAACAUGUCAGAGAACAUGGCCACCUCUCAUAGAACACGCCUCUUCUUCCUCUACUAAAAGGUUUUCCGCAGCACCACCAUUCCUCUCCAAUGUGAAGCUCCCUCCCUCCCCCUCGAAUGACCUGAGCGGCGAGCCCUGCAGUGAAAAGAGGAGACGGGGAAGGGAUGAAGGAAAGACGUAGGGAGAAAGUGUUACCAGUCUCAUUAAAAGCAUAACGCGGCUCGCUCUGAACUUCUGAACCUAGCCGGAAAAAUAAGUCUUUGAUGAUCACAUCUCUUCCCUGGCUUUGUUUUUGUUUUUCAUUUUCCUUUGAUUCUCACCGCAGUCAGUCCCACAUACAGUAUGUGUCAUGCCUCUCAAGAGUAGCAGUGCUUCUGAGAUGCAUGACCUCAGUUACCUGAGGCACAACCAGCCCACCAAAACCAGACUUCCAACAGUUUAAUAGCUGCAGGGACGCUAAAACAAAGCACAAUGAAACUCAAUCAAGUCUUAAAUGUCGGAAACACAAAAGUAGCUCAUUUGCUAUGAUAUUGCUUUCCCCGUGUAAACAAACCAGACAUCAGUGUUAUCAGCUUCUGAGAACACUUCUGUCUAUAAACAUUUGGAGUUUUAAAAUAGAAAAUGUGCAGGAAGUGGAACCUCCUCUGAGCCUUUGAUAUUCAAAUCUCCCCUCCAGCUUUGUCUCAGCCUUCUGCUACAAAGACCAAGUGAGGAAACUGAGUGCAGCCGUUUGAACUCUUGCACGUUACAGUAUGUGUCGAGCUGUUUUAGCGCCAGCUUUGCCAUUCCACUUUUUUAGGUUCAGGGUGUUUUUACGAAGUCUUACUUUAACUGUGAUGUAGCAUUUUUAUGCACUCGUUAGCGUGUGUUGAUCCUUCUAACAUCUCAGCAGCUUUACCCCUAAAAUAAUUCAUUAGGGAGUUCAGGAAAGAUGGUGUGCAUGUAUGAGGUAAACCAGAUAUGCAUUGAUUAGUUUACAUAUCACAGACCCUUCAGCCGGCCCAGCUUCAUUCCUGUUUACACGUUGCUUCAUCAUGACUAGACAAAAAAUAACCAGGGCAAAAAAAAAAAGAGUCAUUUCUUGAGACAAUUCAUUAAAUUCAGGGUUGAAAGUUUGUAAAACUGCUUAAUUUUAAUAGUUUUCAAAUUAUGAUGAAUAUACUUUAAAUGACAUAAUCCCGUCAUCGUAUUUGUUGUCAUCUUUUGGCAUCUCAAACGUGACUCUGAGAACUGAAUGAACCAGAUGUUAACAAAAAACAGGCUGUUUUCUGUUCAGCUCUGCUGCGUCUUGAUGUUUACUUUCUGCUAUUUCCAAAACUGUUUGCAAUGCAAAACUUUUUGCUUUAGGUAAAACACUCGAAAAAUGUGUUGAUUUGACUUGUUAAAAGCUGUACGGACCCUGUAAAUUAAGCCCUGACUUUGAACUUUGAGACUUUUGGACGAGCUGAACAGUUGGUAAAAUGCAUUUUUAGAAAAAAAUACAAAAUAAAACAUCACAAACAAAGUCUAAUAGAUAAAUAUGUGCUCAAACAGAUAUCCAGAAAUCGCUUUAUCUCUCCUUUCUUUGCCUUUUUAUGUCGUGCAGACUUUACCUAUGCAGUAAUAAUGUUCAUGUUUAGACGAGGAGGGCUACAUUUUCUCUGUUUGAAUCAAAGAAAAAUGAAAAGAUUCUGCUUAUCUACUAAACCGAUCGUCUGUUCUUCACCACAUGUUGCAGUGAAACACGUUUGUCACCUUCCUGAGGUUCAGUUUAUCACAACAGAUCUGUUAAACACCUGCUUUUCUUUUUUGCCAAGUAUCUUUUAAGCUAACAGAGGAGCUAAUCAGUGCCGGCUCCUCGGGACAAAUCAGUGUUUUUAGGGUCAGAUCAGAGAGAGGCCCUAAGGCAGGAGGACUGUGUGGGGAGUGAGACUGAUAACAAGCAUUGCAAUUACAAUUGUUCUGUGCCAGGCUUGAGUAAAACUCUUUGGAGUAAAAGAGUCGUAUGCAAUUUAGUCAUGUGUAGAGUAGCUGUGGAGGUAAAGUCCUGUCAUAGUUUAGUCAUCAGAGAUUAAGAUCAGGUUGUUGAAGCUGAGGUGCUCAUUGAACAAGCUGCACAGUGUGUAUGUGUGUGUGUCUGUGUGUGUGUGUGUAUGUGUGUGUGUACUGUACACACUUGCCAACACGUUAUUUAAUUACCAGUAAAUCAGAGAAAAUGCAAUAAAAGCUAAUUGAAAUGGUUCUGCAUGUUGUGCAUGACUUAGAGAAAGCCAACACGUGGAUCUCUCUCUGGGAUUUUGGCUUUUAUGAUCAGAUUUUCUUUUCUUUUGGUGAUGUAACGAUCAGGCAGAGACACCUUGUGAUAAACUGAGGACAGUGUCAGCAGAUGUGACGGUGAUGAAGUCCAGUGUGAGUGCAGGAGUCUUUGAGCCCGACUGGACAAAGAAAAAACAUGAUUUCUUUGAUUAUUUUUGUCAUCCAGAAAAUGAAAUGUAUAUACCAGCUUAUGCCAAUUCAUAAUAUUUGCACUUUGAAGAACUUCUGUACAGUAUGGUUUGUGAAUCUGCUUAACUUAAUGUGGUGGAUAGAGAAAAGAAGAAGAAGAAAAAAAAAGAUAGCCAUCCAAGUUUUACAACUGGAAUUCUUAAUCAUCCCAAAUGGAUAAUUUGCCUUUUGCACUUUUUAUUUUUCAAAAAUGAUAAUAUUGUUAUUGUGUGUCUUGUUUCAUCGCUUUUAGCCUAAACUGUGACAGCUUAAAUAUUGCCCAACUUUUUUACGCUUUUUUUUUUUUUUUAAACUCUGUUCAUAUCCAAGUAAAGCCUCUCAGCAAUAUCAAGGUCUUUCAUUUAAUUCAAGCUCUGCUGCAUGAUUAAUCCACCUGAAUGAGUGGGCUAAUAUUAGAAGUAAUCUAGUACAAUUACAUUUCUUUGUUUGUAAAUAAAUGAAGAAAAAAUGAGACGGCAGCCAAGUAUUUUUUUUUUAUUAUCCAAGAUAAUCCUUGUAACGUCUUCUGAAACAGUUGUUAUGCAUUUACUGUAACUGGAAUUAGAUUGACUGAUGAUUUCUUGCAAAAAUGCCAAUAAAGUUCAAAAGCCUGCCGGUUAAGUUUUA